AUGUUUACUACUUAUUGCAAUAUUAGUUCAGUUAUUAUCUUAGGAGACUUUAAUUGUGCACUUAAUGUAAAUAGACUAACUAACAUCAAUUCAAGAGCCACAAAAUUUUCCCAAUUCGUAGAAAAACUUAAUGUAGUAUCUUUUUGUCACCAUGAAAAUCGUAUUGGCCCAAAUUGGACAUUCAAGUCCUCUUCAAAUGGUCCGGAAUCUCUUGUAGACCAUAUUUUUGUACCAUAUGAUAUAGUUGAUUCUGUUGUUGAUGUGAAAAUACUAACCCAUAAUGAUUAUAACCUUUCAGAUCAUCUUCCUGUACUGGCAUCUUUUAAUUUUGACUUUCACAUAGUACGGUCACUUCAGGCAAAUCCAGGCAAACAUGCCGUCUCAUGGUCUAAGGCUAUGGAAGGAAACCAAAUAUACGACUACACAUAUAAACUUUCCAAUUCUUUGUGGGCUUUAGAUUCCGGCAACAUUAAAACUGCUGAUGAAGUCGACAUUUGUUUGGAUGCCAUAACCACUGCAAUCGAAGAGGCUUCCAAGGAAUUUUUACCACGAAAAUCUUUUAUAAAGCACCUAAAGCCUUAUUGGUCGGUUGCAGUCAAAUACCUUCAUCACAAUAUGAGAGCAACAAGAAGAUCAUGGAUAACCAAUGAGGUAGACAACAAAUUGUUCUGGUCCUUGAUUAAGAGCUCAAAACGAGGAGGCCAAGGAGACGGUGGUACUUGUUUAGAGGUAAAUGGUGAACUGUUAAAUGAUCCACAGUCUGUAUUAACUGGAUGGGCGUCACAUUUUCAAUCUGUUUUCUCUAAUGAUGAUGAUCCUUCGUUUGACAGAGGAUUUUACACAGAGGUCUCUAAUACGGUGAACUGUAUACGAGAGGAACUUGGAAGGUCCAACCCCUCUGACAAGCUCCUAACCUCUACACACGAAGUCUGCAGCAACCUCAAGAACAACAAGUGUGGUGACAUUGAUGGAAUCAAUUAUGAACAUCUGAAAUAUGGAGGUCAACUUAUCCAUCUGAAUCCCGUGUGUGCGCCAUAUAAAGUAUUCAUCACGCGACUGUUGGAAUAUCGCCACGGAACGAGUUCUACAACUACUGGAUUCGUUCCAGAUGUCGUCAGAAUACUUGAAAAAUACAGACUUAAAAACCAUCUACUGACAUACUUCAAGAAUUAUAUAUUUCCCUCAAAAUCUGUAUGGAAGAAAAUAGUGCGGCAUCAAAUAAAAGUCAUUGAAACAGAACGUCGUAUCCAGAGUCUCAACGAUGACCCGGAAUUGGAAAUGUUCAACCAGAUUCAACCAGAUGUGACACCUCAUUCAGUCUUUCAAAUUUGGCGCUCAAAGCCUACUCUUAGAUGGAAAUGCCAACUUUUUGUUAAAUCUUGCUCCCUAGUUAAACCAUCUGCCAAGAGAACCGUACUAUGUGAAAAGUGUGGUCAGUUUUUUACAUGUAUUAUUAGUCAUGGUCUCCUUGUGUGCCCUCUUUUUCAUGACCCAAGAAUUGAGUUCUGGGAAUCUGUUACUUCAUUUUAA